AUGAGCCCAUCGGCGUUCCUCACCCGUUGGCCGUUACGGCUUGAUCGGCUAUGUUCGUCUAUUGGAGUGGCUAACAAAACCUGCAGUCAAAGAACGUUAGGCCGCAUCGCAUUUAUUGGCUAUAGUGCGGCCCCAGGCGUUUGCAAUCACGCGUCCGUGCCUAAUUCAUGCUACUACUCUGGUAGCAGCUUUGUAACCCGAAGGCACUUAUCUGGAGAGGCUCCGUCUGCCUCUAAGAGCAGCGACGCAGAUGACUCUACAGCGGAAAACACGCUGUAUGCGACACCGGGAAGCGCGGCUGUGUUCUCGGAUAUUGGUCGCAUGGAUUCCCUAUCCCCGAGGCAGCUCCGAGUACUGCUGGAAGACGCGGUUACUGCACGCGUGAGCGACCCCAACUUCUGGGCAAAGGCAUCGUCGUGCGCCAUGUCAAUAGCGUCACAAUUUAAGUUCUUCGACACCAUCCGAGUUUUGGAGUGUUUUGCCGCCGCACGGCUGGACGACCGUGCACUGGUGCAGGAGUUGGUGCGCAAUCUGACUCCUCAGGUCCAUCGCAUGGAGCCGCGGCACUACAUUCAGACAAUCGAUGUAUUCGGCCGCUUUGGAAGGUUUCCGGAACAGCUGUUCAUGGAAGUGUUUUACGGUUUGAUGCGCGACGCUGAGAAGUUGUACGGGUCGGAGUACGCCGAACUUUUCCUGUGCUUGAGCCGGUGGGAAAUCCGCAAUCCACAGUUGCUGUCUUCACUCUGCCGAGCACUAUGCACAAAUAUAAGCCUGUUAAGGUACCACGAGCUAUGCCAAGUUGCAAGUUGCGCACGUACCUUGGAGGUGGCCGACACUGCCUUCUACAUGGUCCUCGAUGAAUGGCAGCGCAAGGAGCUGCAAAUGCUAACCAUUCAGGAACUCUUGGAUGCCGCCAAACGCCUGCGAACGCAAGAGAUAACGUGGGCGCCCUAUGAUGAAGCUCUACGAAAGGAGUUCGUGCGUCAAACAAAGGAAGUCAAGGAUGCUGCCUGUAUCGACCAGUUAGCCGAUCCCUUCGACUGUUUGAACUUUCUACGACUGACGGAUAGCGUUUCAAAGGAAUUUUUGCUGGCACUUACCAAAUGGUGCGAGGACGCAGCCCAUAGACCGCCUACCCGCUCACAAAAACGGCCGGAGAGUCACGAUCUGGUGCAUCUUUACAACCUCGUGCGGUUAGUUUCCACCGAUCGCGUCGUCAACAUUUGUAGCGAGUACAACGUGGAUUCCACCUACUUGGACAAGGCAAUCCUGAAGUUCGUGACGUCCAAAGGAGGCCUGCAGCUACGUACGCCCAAACCCAUCGCCACGCAAUACAAACCGAAUCGCAAAUACGUGCAUUUAGACGACCCAGCGAACCCUGGAAAACGUCGUCCCUCCCUGCAACUUGCGGAAGGAGACCUAGAAAGUGUGGAGGCUGAUGAGGCCCAGACGGCGUUAGAAUUGAAGGCCGAAUCCGAACACAUCAGCCAGAUUCUGGACGAUUUGGAACCUUUGCCGCGCGGCAUCGACUUCAAGAAGCCGAAGAAAGUUUCCACGCAAAGCUGCGGCAAGGCAUCAUUCCGGCUGAAGCCGAAAACCUUCCGCCACAAGAACGUUGCUGCAACGCAGCCACUUUAA